CACAGCUUUGGCGCAUGCGUAGACGGCCGUCAGUAAAGUGCGAGACAGCGCCGCAGACGGACGUAGAAACGGUAUAAGUUGAAUUCCAAAAAAGUACCAAAGGUAUUCCCCCGGUUAAUAGUAUGGUUAGGCUACACAAUCGAGCAAUUUGGCCAACAGGCUGUGGAGCGGGACUUGUGCUCAUCACGUUGCUCGGUGCGCGCAUUUCGUUCGCUUGGAAGCCGAUUGCCUCCGGCAGCCCCAUAACAUCGUACAGCCUAAAGCAAUCGCAUCCAGGUGAGGCCAGCAGCAGCCACGAGCUGGCCACCAGCUAUGCCCAAUUUGGUGGCGAUCAAAAGGAGGAGGACGCUAUCGUGAAUGGCGUGGAAACAGGCAUCACGCACCCGAUCACAUUUGCCGACGAUCACGAAAAUCAUUACGAGUCGUAUAGCUUAAAGGACGACGUGGUUGUUGAUGAACCUUCUCUCAGCUUUCCGCGCACUCCACUCUACGUCUCCGACGAUCGCUGCAGUGUCAAGAAAUUCGCAUUCAAUCAGGACGGCGCGGUGGAGUACAACAACGAGUUGCCCGAGCUGGAUCAGUUCACGUUAUGUUUCUGGAUGCGUUUUACCAAUCACAGCGGCGACCAUGUCAUGUUGACCUACCAAGUGGAAAAGGAAGCACGCGAAAUACAAAUCUGGGUCGCGAAUGCGCAAAAUUCCAGUUUCCUAUCGAUGGCCAUAAAAGGUCAGCAAAUGUACAGAUUGAAUUACCCGCUGCGUAUGCGGCAAUGGCAUCACAUGUGCAGCUCGUGGAAUGGAAAGACCGGCGAGUGGCAAGUCUGGCUAAAGGCAGAACGUAUCGGGCGUGGCUUCCACAAUUCGCUAGUAGGCCAUAAAAUACCGGCAAAAGGAAUACUGCGAUCAGGCGGCAGCUCCGUUACCGGUGAAGUGAGUCACGGUCUGCACUUUGAGGUAACAAUGGUACAAAUUUAUCGCGUAGCAUUGAGCGCGGGCAAGGCACAUCGGGAUCACAAGCACCACCAUGUGCACCAUGUCGACCACGAUGGUCAGGAGGUGUCCAGCACACCGCGUGUGCCGCCAAUGAUAAAUCGACCUCAGCCGAUGCACUCGCUGCUCGCCAGCGGCCAAAUCCCCACCAGAGUGCGCAUCAAUCUGGCCGGUUCAGGGCCAACGCAGAAACCGAACGGCGCCAACGCUGCUGAAUUCCAGCCUCAACAACAAGCAAUAACCGUCAACACGAAUUUCGUCAACGGUCAGAUUAAUGCUGGUUCUCGAUUGGUGGCCCAGCAGCUACUUGGUAUUUCGCCCAUAUCCCAAAGCCGACCCGCAAGUGAGGCGGGACGGUUCCAGAUGCUCAGCAACUCGGCCAAUGUGCAGUUCAUAGAUGAGACAGAGACGCAUAUACAGUUCAAACGAGACGCGGCGACUCCAACGAACGACAAGAAGCUGCGGAAACGAGGCCUCGUCUUACUGGACGAUGGUUCUGUUGUGGAUGAUGGCCUUGGCAGCAGCAGCAGCAGCAGCAGCGACGAGUUUAGCAAAUACAACGGUCUUGCCGACUUUGGAGGUCAGCAGUUCAAGCAGGAUUUGACUUUGAAAAUGACUCUUGAGGAGGAAAUCAGUUCACACGACCGCGAACCUGCCGAAGAGGAAGUCAAGGCAGUCAUGGGCAUCUGCAGCAACUGCGACCCGGAGCCAUUUCAGGGUGCGAUUGUGUUUGCCUGGAAGAACGUGGAGGAGCACAUGAAUAACACGCUCAAGGGUCUCAGUGUGGGCACCUGCGGCAACUUCUAGCUGCCUCUACCACCAGUCAGCAAAAAAUAAAUACAUUUAAGCAGCAAGGAGCAGGGGGCAAGGAGCAGGGCGGUGCAUAUAACGCUUA